CGCAUAUCUGCAGCUUUUCACGCAGCCACACUCGGCUGUUAUCCACCGUACUGAUGCGUAAAUAUCCCAAAGAAAACUCAUCUUUUCUCCGGACAGAGACACAGAGCACCGAGGCGACUGUGGAAAGAGCGUUUUUUCCCUUCCUAUUCUGAUGGUUCAAAGUAACCGAAGCCGGAUUGAAUCGACUUUACAUGCCAGAUAGGAUAGUGGUCGGUCACCUUUUUUGCAAGACACAUCGGCACAGACCUUUCUUUGAGACUUAAAUGAGGGGGAAGAUGUGGAUAUUUUACAGUGCCGACAAUUCAAAGUGUCUUUUUUCUAUUUGGAACCAGCGGUGUUUGUAUUACGCAGCAGUGGCGUGUUUGUUGUUUUCUCCUGUCAGGACGGAUCAUGCUUGCCCGUCGUCCUGCAUCUGUGCCAAAGACUCCGGGACAGUGACCUGCCGUGAUGGGGAGGACACCGAGGUGCCGGCAGACAUACCGGAGUGGACGUCCACCUUGAUACUCAAGGGGAAAAACAUUUCAACUUUACAGCGUGGUGCGUUCAUGAGCAACGGAACGGAGUUGCAAAUGACGACACUCUCCCUGUCCCAUAACGGGAUACAGGUUAUUGAACAUAACGCCUUCCUGGGACUCCCUCGGUUGCAUUUGCUGGAUCUGAGCCACAACCAGCUGGAGUACAUCUCACCCAGGGCUUUCCACGGGUUACUGGAGCUUCGCUCUCUUUACCUAAAUCACUCUAUUUUACCUCCGGCCACAGAGCAGCUCUCGAAUGCGCUCAACACACAAAGUUUGCGCAACCUCCACAGACUGGAGUUAGCGGGAAACACGCUGAAGUCAAUUCCCCUGCUGCGAGUAGAUAUGCACAAUCUCCACGCGUUAGUGCUGGUAAAUAACUCAAUAGAGAGCAUAGGGGGAGGCAAUUUAACCAUGUUGUACCAGCAAAAGCGCAUACGCGUCUACUUGGCUUUAAACCCGUUUCGGUGCAACUGCGAACUGGAGGCGUUUUACUACUGGUUGAAGAACUCAUCCCAGUGCCCGGAUGCGGGGCGCCUCCUGUGCAGCGAGCCGGAGGCCAAGAGGGGGGUUCCUGUGGAGAUGCUGCGGAAAGAGGACGUGGAUUGUAUGAAGGAGAACCUCGAGGCGGUUUCGUACGUGUUCCUCGGGUUAGUGCUGGCUCUGAUCGGGGUGGUGUUUCUAAUGGUGCUGUAUCUCAACCGGGGAGGCAUCAAACGGUGGCUCAACAACAUCAGAGAUGCGUGCCGGGACCAGAUGGAGGUCUACCAUUACCGCUACGAGCAGGACUCAGACCCGAGACUGGCCAACGUGGCCGUUUAACCUACUGAAACAUCCGGCCAAUGCCGUGUGGUGAGAGGGCAGGGGAGGCGACGUUUCCCUGGCAGUGCCCUGUUACAAUCCAAAACCAAUAGUUUUUACAAACAGUUUCAUCUUUUUCAGCUGCUGAAAUGAAUGAACUGCAUGUGGUAUUCCUCUCACACUGGGAUAUCCACAGAGCCAAACACAGAUGACUUUAAGAGACUAUUAUAGUAAGAGUUCAUCUUGCACAACUGAAUAUUUAAACUUCCAAGCACUAUUGUACACAUUGUAUCUCCUCAAUAGAGGAAUGAUUUCCAUGCAUCAUGUUAACCUGCACAGUCUACAGCAGCUUGUCAGACUAACUUAGUAUUAUUUAUCUUAUUAACAAAGUGACAAAUAUACAGUAAAGUUAUAUAGAGUUUUUGAUUUGAAAAACUGGAAUGAAAUUGUGAAUCCCUGUAAUUUCUGAAUACUGCAGCCCUUUGCAAAUUGUUGCAAACGAACGGCCUACAUUCAGCAGACCCCACAGGAAGAACAAGGUAUUUGUGUUUCUAAUGAGGGAGUGCAUAUUGCAAAGGGUGAGAGAGGAAAGUGGUAGAGAAGGAGACUUGGGCAGGUAAGAUGAGGCAGGGAAGCUGGUGAGUGCCAUGUUCGUGCAAGCAGGCAAUGCUUGAGUAUACUGUCAUAAUUCAUCAUCAGGAACAUGGGGUAAGUUACCAACCUGGCCUUUCUGAACAGUCUUUGAUCUAUGAAAAUAACACACAUGCAUCAUUUGACUCCAGGUCAGUUUAUCCGGGAAGUGGCGGAAGAGGAAGAGACAGAAUCUAACCAUGCAUGUGACUAUUGUAGGCAUAGAGAACCAACCAAAACAUUAAUAAAAGGUCAAAUAAAAAUGGCGAGUUAGCAGUGUUCUUUACGUCAGCGCAUUUUAUCAUCACUGUCGGGAAAUGUUGACUUCAUGCAGCGCUGUGCCAGACAUUAAACACUGGAAGUGUU